ACGUGGUGCUCUUUCUUCAAAUGAACAUUGCAUUUCUUUUUUACUUUCACGCUCCCUCAGUAUAUGUAGCGGCGCAGGAGGGGUUAACGCUCCCCUCACGCGUCGAUGCUAAAUGUGCCCGCGUGAGCGUCAGUGGGAGUCCCCUUCACCGGGUCCCUUUGCAGUAGUGUGGAUUGGAGAGUUGUAGACAGAGCCGAGCAGAAGCGUGAACAAACAGAAGUAGUGCCAUAAAGUGAACAUUUGACACUAUCGCAGAGCUUUUGACUUUUACCGCGUGGAUCCGUCUUGCAGUGUCAUCAGAGAGAGACGCCGACAGCUCUUAACCCGCUCGCGCCUCAGCUGGCAUGAGCUAACCCACCAGACAUGGAAACCAAACCUUUCUUGUCAUUGGGGUUCCUGAAGCCCCAGUGCUCACUACCGCCGCCACCUCAGAGAGGACGAGCAGAAGCAUGUACGUGUUUCAGCGGAAUGUGUGCUCUUCAUCAACGCAGGCUUUCUACAGACUGCACUGGACAGGUGACAUCCUCUCCUCUCAGCUCACCCACGUCCCACCGGGGCAUGCACCCGUCACUGCUGAGUCCAACUUCAUUAGGCCCCUCGGGGUCCCUGCACUCCCCCAUCAGCACUCUGAGCUCACCUAUGAAUGGCCUGGGCUCUCCCUUCUCCGUCAUCAGCUCGCCUAUGGGGCCUCAUUCAAUGGCAUCUCCUGGAGUGGGUUACGGCCCCAGUAUCAGCCCUCAGUUGAACUCGCCCAUGAACUCUGUCAGCAGCUCAGAGGAUAUUAAGCCGCCCUUAGGCCUCAACGGUGUGAUGAAGGUUCCAGCCCAGCCCUCGGGCACCCCACUCUCUCUCACCAAACACAUCUGUGCCAUCUGUGGCGACCGCUCCUCAGGUAAACACUACGGUGUGUACAGCUGCGAGGGAUGUAAGGGUUUCUUCAAGAGGACAGUGCGUAAAGACCUGACCUACACCUGUCGAGACAAUAAGGACUGUGUUAUAGACAAACGCCAGCGCAACCGCUGCCAGUACUGCCGCUAUCAGAAGUGUUUGGCCAUGGGCAUGAAGAGAGAAGUAUUAUUACAUACAGCCGUCCAGGAGGAGCGCCAGCGAGCCAAGGAACGCAGUGAGAACGAAGUGGAGUCGACCAGCAGCGCCAAUGAAGACAUGCCCGUGGAGAAGAUACUGGAAGCAGAGCUUGCUGUGGAGCCCAAGACGGAAACUUACAUUGAGACUAAUGUACCCAUGCCAUCAAAUUCACCCAACGAUCCAGUCACCAACAUUUGUCAGGCUGCAGACAAGCAGCUCUUUACUCUGGUGGAGUGGGCGAAGAGGAUUCCACACUUUUCUGAGCUCCCGCUUGACGACCAGGUCAUUCUACUACGAGCAGGAUGGAAUGAGCUCCUCAUUGCGUCAUUUUCGCACCGAUCCAUAGCAGUGAAAGAUGGAAUACUGUUGGCCACAGGAUUACAUGUGCACCGAAACAGCGCCCACAGUGCCGGAGUAGGAGCCAUAUUUGACAGAGUGCUGACGGAGUUGGUAUCAAAGAUGAGAGACAUGCAGAUGGAUAAAACAGAGCUUGGAUGUCUUCGAGCCAUUGUACUAUUUAACCCAGACUCCAAAGGCCUGUCAAACCCUGGUGAAGUGGAAGCACUGAGAGAGAAGGUCUAUGCCUCUCUGGAAGCUUACUGCAAACAUAAGUACCCUGAACAACCUGGAAGGUUUGCUAAGCUGUUGCUGCGGCUCCCUGCACUGCGCUCUAUCGGACUCAAGUGUUUGGAGCAUCUGUUCUUCUUCAAGCUCAUAGGCGACACACCCAUCGACACCUUCCUCAUGGAGAUGCUAGAAGCUCCACACCAAAUGACAUAAUGACACAACGACCUCCUGUCUCCGGGACGGGGAAACAAGGGUCUGCCACCGCAAAGAUCCUUUCUGACACCAUUUGCCAGAGCAGAGAGACGUUCAGAACUGCCACUCAACUCAGCAUUUCCAAUACAGUCAUGGCGUCCAUGGGUCUGUUUGUACUUUGUAUAAAGAUAUAAAUAUAUAUAAAAUAUAUAUAAAACACAUUAAAAAAAGAUGACAACAGACUUCAAGCGCCCAGACAAGUGAACAACACGGGUGUAUCAAACUGUCCUUCAAUGGGUAUAAAAAAAUACAAAUAAAAAAGAAUAGAUUUGUUGGAUCCAGUAAUUGCAGGAGUGUUGUACGUUGGGAUAUAAUGGGUCUUGUGGGAGGGAUCCAGAGCUGUAAUCGGCCUCAUGUGGCUGACGGAUGGGCUGACUUUACUAGUCUUGCAUUCAGGAUUAAGGCUGGGCUGGCAUGUCUGAGCGCAUAAAGACUUAUUGGGAGAUGAUAAUGCGGGUAAUGAUUCGGGUUUCGUACACAAACAUUGAGUUUUCAGCCCUUGAUGGGACUUUUUGCGAUUACAAUCCUGCUGCAAUUACCAUUUCUCCCCCUCCACCUCAAGUGAGCUGUUCCUGAUAGAAUGUUCCUGUAAUUACGAACAACCGUGCUGAUUCUCCCAACUCAUCAUCAUCAUCAGCGGUGGCUUGGAGACACAAUAUGGACGUAACUUCAGGAUCAGAACAUCAGGACGUCUGAGGUCGCUGUCGGAGGUUUGGAUUAUGAUCAUUUACAGUUUUUCAUCAGCUUUUACAAAUCCAAUCUGCCUGUUCUUAAUGAGCCCAUGAUGCUGAAACGUGAACUAAGGAGUCUUCUAGUGGACAUCCAGCCAUCUGUAAGCCACCUGCAACUGUUCCACUGUGCGACUCGUCUGUAUACCAAUUCACCUCAAGUGGUUUUUCAUGCGAGCGCGACACUUGUACAGUUUAUUACAACCAAUUCAGUAUUGGUAUCCUUUUUUUUUUUGAUGAUUUUUUUUUUCCAAACGUGUGCCGUUACCUCUCUUUCAGUCACUUUUGCUGUUAAAUGUGUCCCCGUGUUCACUCCUGUUCGCACAAGCCGUGUCAUGCAGUCAAGUCUCGCAAGUGUGCAUUAUCAUUAGGAUGUUUCUAAGCACUUAUCCUCAUGUUUCAAGUCCCACUGUUGUGUUAUAUUGAGAGAUUUUGGGGCCUUUUUUAAAGCUGUCAUCUGUUUUCGAGUGUGUAAUUUGCCAUCUUCAGCAUUUUUUCUCUCUGUUUGCUGCUGCUGCUGCUGAACUAUGCAUUUAGCAUUUUUUUCCCAAAGACUGUCCAUUGUGAGGUUGUGUUUUUUUUGUUUGUUUGUUUAACUCUGGCAGUAAAAUAUAAAGACCAUAUUUGAUCAAGUUUAGACCACCAGGACCAAGUUUGAGGCAUCCAGCAGCCGUUAGAGAGAUAAUGGGAGAGUGGAGCAGUACUGAGGCAGUGGGAGAGCUGAGACUUCCACCUAGUGGUGGAGAUGCAGCACUGCAACUUUACUUGAAUUUUGUACAAGUAUUUAAUCGGAUGAAAAAAAUGGCACUUUUACGUGAAAUAUUAUGGAUGUUUGUUUGUGUUUGAGUGCAGUCUCGCAAGGCUCUUCGGCAGUAGUAUGAUUAAGAUCAUUGGAGAUGGUUUAUAGCUGCAACAGCUUCAGUCAAUGCUGUUAAUGAUGAUGCCUCUCUGACUGUGUUUGUGAAAAUCAGUUUUCGUCCUCUUACCCUCAUGUUCUUUGCAUGGCAAAUGAAUUUGAUUGGCUUCACCAGAUGAAUCACUGGUGUUUUAAAGCCAUGUGCAGGUUCAUGUGCUCAAAAUGAAAAAAACUUUCUCCUGUAGCAAAUGGAGCAGAAAUGAAAAACUAGAAUUAAUACAUAAACAAAUGCUUUAUAACAUAAAGCUCUAUUUUGUCUAUAUGUAAAUGUGUGUAUAUUUCUAAAUAUGAAAGUAUAUAAGUCCAUUCUUUAAAUGUUUCCACACAAUGUUAGUAAAGGAGGUUUUUUAAUUGACUAAAACCAGGCCUAAUUGCACUGUUACAUUCUCAGAUACUAGAAAUGUUUUUAAUUGCUGAAGCUUUUGUGUUCAGCCUUGAAAAAAAAAAAGAUUGAAAAAGCAAAAUUUUUAGAUCGAUACCAGCAGUUCAGAGCCCUAAGACAAGACAGUACACCAGCUCCUCGACCGAUCGAUCGUUUUUUUUUUUUUUUUUUUUUUUUUCAUUUACAAAACCUCAGAUGUCUGCUUAGUGAAAAGACCUAAAGAAACUUAACCACCUUUCUCUCCCCUUUAAACUAGUGAAGAUCAACUUUGACUCUGGCACAGGGUCAUCACAGACACAGGACCUUUUAAAAAUAUGUUUAGAAGAUAAUAGGAGAAAUCUAUUUUUGUACAAAUGUAAUUUUAUCCCUCGCUUAUAUAUCCUCCCUUCCUUCAUCUUUCUGUGGGCUGUUGUAUACAUUGUGUAAAUGUUGGUUUGAAGUGGGAAAAGUUCAAAUCAGAGCAUCGGAAGUGGAGCGUCUAAAGGGGGGAUGUCAGCAUCCACACCUGAACCCUGUCAAACUCUACUUUGCCUUUUGGUUUCCUUCUUUUGCCGUCUCACAGAGAAGGAUCGUCCUUUAAUCAUAUUUUGUUUUAUUUUUAAGGAAAUGGAAAAAAAGUCAUCUGUUCUACUUUGUGGGUUGUUCUUUGAUGUUUUGUCUUUCAAUCAAAUUAAACGUCUAAUUCAAAAUA